AUGUGCGAGCAGCUCUUCCAAUACGACUGUGGCCACUUGUGUCGUUGCAAUAAACAAUGUGAACUGCAUAAAUGCCAUCAUUCGGCAACAUAUUUUCCAAGCCAAUCUCAAUCUAACGAAAGUCACCGCCAUGAAGCCAAAAAGUUAGAGCAUCGCGCUACUCUAUGCCCGAAAUGCGAAAUGCAGGAGAAAGAUCGCGAGGUGUACGUCAAUAGCACGAAGCGGGCCAGCCUUCCUACCACCCAAGCAAAAAAGGAUGCCAAAUGGUACCAUGAAAAGAAGAACUGCAAAGCUACUAGAGUGAGUACCAGUGCCACUGGCUUCAGACGUGUCAACUCCAAUCCUGCUCUGCUUCCUUCACAACCUCUAAGGCGAGUCCAGGGUAUGGACGACGACUCGCUGCGCAACGAGUACACUCGUCUUGAAACACGCCCGAACAAUACUCUUCAAGUCCAAGGUGAUCGAGAUGCUGGAAGUAGCUCACAUAUUACCAAGGAAUCUCGUCUUGAACUAUCCCGAGAUCGUGGUGCUGAGGCCGGUCUGACUCGAAAUGCUAGUAGUGGCUCACUUAAUGACAAAUGCGCUCCUUCUGAACUGGCUCGAAAUAACAGUUUGAAAGCUCCAAGCCCCCAAAAUACUGAUGAUGUCUCAUUCAAUGGCGAGCAGGCUGGUCUAAAAUCUCCCCAAGACAAGGAGCUCAAGCUUGACCACUGCCAAUACGCUGGUAAUAGCCUGCAGCACAAGAAGAGCAUUUUUCCCAAAGUGAAGGACGUGGGCGAUAGUACACUUCUCAAUGAGCGUGGUACUGUCAGAUCUGCCCAAGAUGAUGGUGUAAGGGCUCAGCGUAGCCAAAGGCUACGUUUAAGAGACUUAAUCAUGCCGAUACUCGAGUUAGAAUGGUAUACGUCUACGUACAUUAUGCUGUAUUCGCCUUCAAGUGGAGCUGGCUUUGCAGAGUUGCGAAAUCAUAGCCGAAGAGAAAGCGACGAGCCCCGUCCUCCAACUGAAAUUGUCCGUACAAAGAAGAAGGUGAGGAAGCGGCUUCAGAAAAUGAAGAGCCUGUAUCAUCAAAUAAAUUCUUCAAACGAGUCAUUUGUCUGCUCAAGAGCUCGAGAAGUUGAGAACAGCAAACAAUGA